AUGAAAACACACAGUCGAAUUCUGUUACAAAAUUGUGUUUUGGAUAUUUUAAUGUUAACUGUUCAAUUGUUUGUUGAGGGGUUUCAUUUAUUUGAUAAUGAAGUGAAUACAUAUAUAUUUCCCAAUGGAAUUUUGCUUAGUUUUUUUAUAAAAGAAAAUUUUGAUCCAUUUAUAGCUUAUAUUUUUCUAGUGUUUUGGGAAUAUAUUCUUAAUUUAAAUUUGUUUGGAUUGUGUGUUCAAUUUAUUUAUAGAUAUUUAGUUUUGAACAGGUAUAUGUAUAAAAUGCUGUAUAUUCUUAAUAGAGCUCCCGAGAGUUUAUAUAAUAAGAACUCGCGUGAGUUAUCAACUCUCCUCGAAAGGAGACCCAAAUUUCUUCCUUUUCCAGUGCCGGAGGCGAAAAUUUUAAGAAUUUUGGAAGGCCAAGAAGCCAGAUUUCUUCCAUUUUGGAAAUACAAUAACAAAUCUAAAAAAAUUCAAUUCUUAGGGGUGCAAGUUUAG